AUGGCAGCAGUAGAGGUUCGGAAAGUCCUUUUUUCCGCAGGGCUGGGCUCUCCUCAACGCACUCAACGCCACGGAGCGAAUGAUCUGCGCGAGUCGAAUCAGAGGCGCAAGGGAGUGGAAGCAACACUGAACUACCACAAAGACAACGAGGAUGGAUCACCUCCGCAUCCCACAUAUGUUGACAGGCCAGAGACAUAUGACCGGCCAUUUGAAUCCCACUCUGUGACGAUCAGCGACCUCACAGGCGAUGAAGAGGAGUUUUCUCUCGAUGUAAAUGGGUUUCAAAUCCAUCACAGCUGGUCGACUGAAAAGCAGUUUCAAGACGAUGAUCAGAUCAGGUCGUCCUACUACGCCGAAGUUGAAGAACUUCUAAAAGCGGUGACGGGUGCUAGUCGCGUUUUUAUCUUUGACCAUACUAUUCGCCGGCAGCUACCUGGCACAGCAGCACAAGGACGAGCAGCUCGCGGACCCGUGCAAAGAGUUCAUAUUGACCAAUCUUACAAGGCCGCUCUUUCCCGGGUUCCUCACCACCUCCCAGAUGAUGCCGAUAAGUUGCUCAAAGGUCGAGUACAAAUCAUCAACGUUUGGAGGCCCAUCAAAACAGUUCAACGAGACCCACUCGCCAUUGCGGACGCCAGGUCUGUCGCCGAGUCAGAUCUAGUCGUAACCGAACUGAUUUACCCUGAUCGGCGAGGAGAGACAUACGCAGUGAGACAUAGCAACGCUCACAAGUGGUACUACAAAGAUGGUCUCACACCGAACGAAGUAAUUCUCAUUAAGUGCUUCGACAGCAAGACAGACGGAAGAGCUAGAAGAGUCCCUCACACUGCUUUCGUUGAUCCAACGGCAAGCUCGGAUGCACCACCAAGAGAAAGCAUAGAGGUUCGAGCUCUUGUUUUUCAUCCGGAAGACCAAACAUAG